UACACCUAAAAAAACACCACACACAUCAAUACGCUACAUGUCCGCCUAUUAUACACGCCGGACGUUCACAAAGAGGGAGCAGCUCUUGCCAACCACCAAUGCGAAUGGCAAGUUAAAACGUAAUCCGAACCCAUGAUGUUUGGCAUGACACGAAAACAAUUAUCAUUAAUCGUCCUGGUGGUCCAAAACAGCACACUUGUCCUCAUGAUGCGCUACUCUCGCAUUGUACAAAAACCAGGCCAACCAAUGUACAUUGCAUCAACCGCGGUCUUUUUGGCCGAAGUAUUAAAAAUCAUUGCCUGUCUGGCCGUAAUGUACCAUCAACAACGAUACUGGUCGAAAUUCGUGUUGGUCGUUCGACAAGAGAUUCUCGGCAAGCCCAAGGAGACGGCAAAAAUGCUAAUUCCAUCGAGUCUGUAUGCGUUACAAAAUAACCUGCUUUAUGUCGCCCUGAGCAAUCUCGAAGCGGCCACGUUCCAGGUCACGUACCAAAUGAAGAUCAUGUCGACCGCCAUCUUUUCUGUUGUCUUAUUGGGAAGGUCGUUGACACGGGCAAAGUGGUUUGCGCUUGUGCUGUUGAUGAUUGGUGUUACCCUGGUGCAGUCGCAGAGCAUGGCUUCAGCACCACCACCGUCGGGAGAGAGUGGCAGUAUUGAGGAUGGUUCUGGUGUAACGCAAAACCCAUUGAUUGGAUUGAUCGCUGUCAUUACGAGCUGUAUUUCGUCAGGGUUCGCUGGGUGUUAUUUCGAAAAGAUCCUCAAGACGUCCGAUACCAGUAUGUGGGUGCGCAACAUCCAGUUGGGCUUGUCGGGAGCGGUCUUUUCGCUCGUCGGUAUGCUCAUGUACGAUAUGCAACCACUGCGACAGGGUGGUAUGCUUCAAGGCUACGACUGGUUGACGUGGGUGGUUAUCGCCAACCAGGCAUUGGGUGGACUCUUGGUGGCUAUAGUGGUCAAGUACGCUGACGUGAUUCUCAAGUCGUUCGCAACGAGUAUAUCUUUGAUCCUGUCCAGUGCCAUCAGCUUUUACUUUUUUGACUUUAGACUUUCGCUCCAGUUUGUCGUGGGUGCCUGCAUCGUCAUCUUUGCAACGUAUAAUUACAGCUUACCUGACAAGGUAUCCACUACUAGUACCGCUACUGCUACCACUAAACAGCAUUCAUAAAUUGACAACAACAACAACAACGACGACGACGAACACACACCCUUAUCACACACAUACGCAUGCCAAAAAAAGCAUAUAUAUUAUUUCUUUCCUUUUGCUUCAUUCUUUAUAUUUUUACUUACACUUUUAACUUAAUUUAGACGGGGGGAAAUAGGUGAUGCCACAUUUGUUUUGAUAAAAAAAAUUGUAUAUAAAUCUUCUU